AAAUGGCGUCUACGGUGGUGAACUUGGUGCUGGGGAAGCUUGGCGAGCUUGCUUCCAGCGAGGUCACCGGCCUCCUCAACGUGGGUGCAGAGAUCACGUCGCUGACGGAAACACUGGCACUGAUUCAAUCCCGUCUCAGAGAUGCCGACCAGAACUUGGCGUUCGAGAUGGAGGACCUGGUGGACGAAUACGCGAUGCAGCUAGGCCGCGCGUCAGCCGCCGACGGCCGGAUGAGCAGUCUCCGACGCAUCGGCGCUUUCCCCUCCCGGAUCCUCACUCGCCAUCGGCUCGCGAGCCGCCUGCAGGACAUCCAUGCCAGAUUUCAAGAUGUAUGCAAACAAACGUCGCAACUUGGCAUCCAAGCCUCGUCCUCCUGGCCCACUUCCUCUUCAUCCUCUUACUCCUCUUCCACUGCGGCUGACGCAAGGCUUGCUCGAAGAUUCGAACUAGAAGAAGACAUUGUCGGUUUUGAUGAAGAUAUCAAAGGCAUCAAAAGACUACUGUUUGACAUUAGUUCAACAGAUCGCGUUGUCCUUUCGGUUGUUGGUCCUGGGGGUUUGGGCAAAACAACGCUGGCUAAUAAGAUCUACAAGAGUGCAGAUGUCAAAAAGUAUUUCCAGUGCAAGGCAUGGGUGUCCGUGUCACAGAAGUAUGGGGUCAAAGAACUCUUGUGCAGCAUUGUGAAGCAAGUGUUCGACUUCAAGGAUGAGCAAGUAAAAGGUAUGGAAGAACUAGAGAUGAAGGAAAAGUUGUCCGAGCACUUGCGCGACAGAAGGUAUCUAGUCGUGAUGGAUGAUAUUUGGCAGGUGGCAGCUUGGAACGCCAUUAAAGCAGCUUUCCCAAAAGAAUCGGCAGGAUCCAGAGUGUUGCUGACCACGCGCAGGAUGAACGUUGCGAACGUUGCAGAUGUUCCUCCACACGAGCUGAAAUUUUGGAAUGUCGAAGAGAGCUGGAAUUUGUUCUGCAGGAAAGCUUUCCGCACAGCAUGCUGCCCGCCAGAGUUUGAGCGAUUCAAGGAAGAUAUCUUCAGAAAAUCUAAAGGGUUGCCUCUUGCCAUUGUGGUACUCGGAGGACUUUUGAGAGGUACAAGUCAAGCUAGUGACUGGAGGAAAAAGCUGGAUUAUAUUUCUUAUGAAUUCAGAGAAGGAGAAGACCAAAUCCAAAGUAUAUUAGCUCUCAGUUACCAUGAUCUUCCGCAUCAUUUGAAGCCUCGCUUCCUCUAUUUUGCAGCCUUUCCUGAGGACUAUAUCAUUGCUGCAGAGAGGAUAACACAUUUAUGGAUCGCUGAGGGUUUCAUACAAACGAAGGACAAAGUGGAUCAAACAAUGGAGGACCUCGCGGAGGCAUAUUUGAAGGAUUUGACCGACAGGUCCAUGUUACAAAUGGAAAGGGGUCCAUUGAUGAUAUAGGUGACGAUCCACGGCGUCUCAGUGCCACUGAAAAUGUCAACGACCAUAUCUCAUCGAACUUUUUCUACCACUAAACUACGGUCACUGUAAUUUUUCCGAAUGAAGGUUUUCAGAGAACGCUGGCAGUUACCAUCCCUGGAGCGAAGUUCCUCAGGGUCUUGGAUUUGGAGAAAGUAUCCAUUGAACACUUACCAAAGGAGAUUGGGGACUUGAUCCUGCUAAGGUAUCUAAAUUUGUACCAAUCGAAACUGAAGGAGCUGCCUUCAUCCAUUGGAAACCUCAUCCACUUGCAGACUUUCAAUAUACAAUUUACUGAGAUUCAACAUUUGCCGGAUGCAUUUUGGAAAAUCCGAACACUGAGACAUGUAUUACUCAAUAAACAGAAUAUGAGCAUGCCUAAAGCGACAUACUGCUUGGAAGACAUUCAGACACUUGUGAAUAUUUCAAUUGGUCCAUGGGUAUGCGAUGGUGUACUGGAGAAGCUGAGAAAUCUUCGAAGAUUGCAUUUGAAAAACAUGUCAAGCUCUGAUGAAGAUGCUUUGACCAAUGCAGUCCAGAAUCUUUCCCGACUCAAGAUGUUGGCAUUGUUUGGAGAAUCCUUGCCGAUGAGUGUCCUAACUUCAUCUUGCUACCAUCAUAUUCAGAUUAUGGAUUUGGCAGGACCAUUGGUAAGACCUGCAAGGAUUCACAUAGAGGCUGAAAAUUCCAGGAUAUUUUCCAACCUGAUCUCUCUUGCAAUUAGUCGAACAAGGUUGGAAAAGGAUGAAGAUAUUGCAUUGCUCGCAUCUCUAGCAAACCUUGAGCAUCUUCUUGUGUAUCUUGAUGCAUUUGUAGGAAGAGUUUUGGUGUUUCCAAAGGGAGGUUUUCCUCGCCUCCAAGAGAUCGAACUGCUUGAUUUGAGCACCUUGGAGCAGUGGGAAGUGGGAGAGGGAGCAAUGCCUCUCCUUCGGGAACUAAGACUUUGGGACUGCAUAAAUUUGAGAAUGCUACCAGAGGGACUUGUAAGAUUGACUGAGCUCAAACAAAUUGAAAUAAGGGGAAUGGAAAUGAUAGAGAGAAGGGUUGACAAGAAUACUGGAGAAGAUUAUCACAAGAUUAAACAUGUUCCUUCGAUUGAAAUAUAUUUUUAAUGAAGGACGAUGACAAUAUCUGACGACACCCAAACAAUUAAUCAGGAGGAACAAGUCUUGCUAGAAGCUGAAGGUCCUUUGCAGCAGACAGACGUCUACAGCACACACAGAGUUAGACAACAACUCACUUUGUGCGCUACGAUUGGCGUACCUUUUUAUACUAUGUAUUGUGUUAAAUUGUCAAUUUAGAAACAAUUAAUACUAAUCUUGAAUAAUGUAAGUUUGUUUUAUGUUAUAUCUAUGACUCUUGGGCGGAGGUGAGCCAAGAUAUCUAUCAGUUGCUCACUGAUACAACGUGUCGGAACAUAAUUCAUUUAUAAAUCAAACUGAAAGAAUUCAAAUGGAAACUACCAUUUAGAUUAAUGAUAGGCAAACUCUUCUUCACGCGAUGAACAUGGACGAACCACUUAGUGACAGUAAAACAGAUGUGCUUUCCAUCAAGCCUUCGGGCCUUCAACACCGGCCCGAAAAUUGUGCAACACAAAGAUUUGGUUGACUUUUUCUGAGACAUCUUUUUAAACUCAUACUGAGAUGCAUUUG